AUGUGUGUGACGUUUUUGUAUUUGAACGACGAGGCAGUCGGAAAAUCGAGUGAAUAUCAAUUGAUCGUAUUGAACAAUCGAGAUGAAAAUUUCGAUAGACCGACCUCACUGGCCGCAUGGGAAGGAAAUAUUUUAGCUGGUAGGGAUCAAGCUCUACCGCAUGAAAAAGGUGGCACAUGGCUGGGCAUGAAGAACGAUGGUAAAAUUGGUAUUUUAUUGUCGAUGCUCGAAAAGAACUCGUUGACCAAGGCUGGUGCACAAACACGCGGACGAAUAGUGAAUGAAUACUUGAAAGGUUCGUGUAGNGCCGAGGAGUAUGGUCAUCAGAUAGAACAGAAUGCGUAUCUUUAUAAUGGAUUCAACCUUCUUCUACUGGAUCGGAUCAAACGAAAUGAUGGCCAUUUAUCAUAUCGUGUAGUGAACUACGGGAAUCGACAGAACGGCGCUAGACCUGAGGUACUUGGAUCGGGAAUCUAUGGAUUUGGUAACAGCUCUAGGCUUACGCCAUUCAAGAAAGUUACCUACGGAAUAAAAUUGUUCACCGAAAAAAUUAAACAACUCAAUCAAGUGUCAAAAGAGGAUGCUAUGGAGGAAUUUGUCAAGCUUCUUCGAAACGAUAAAAGUCAUCAUCCUGAUGAACAGUUGAUGAGUCAAACCGACCAACCGGAAGAGCUGAGUAGAGCUAUGUCUCAACUUUGCUAUCGUUUACCAGCACCGUUUCGAUACGGCACCAGAUCUCAUACGAUAAUUCUUAUUGAUGGACUCGGCCAUGUGACGUACUUAGAGCGAAGCCAAGUGCCUCCACCGGAAGAUUUCGAGAAUAUUGUUUGGUUAGGCCUAGCUGCUGCUGCUGCUGCUUUCACUGAUCACCUGCCAUUUUUUGCGGCUCUUGUUGAAAAUGAAUUUCAAGAUUCCACUGAAAUUCUCGUUGUGAACGCCGCAAUAAUGUGUGUUACGUUUGUGUACAUCGAACACGAUCCGUGCGCAAAAUAUAAACUCAUCCUUGUGAAUAAUCGUGAUGAGUUCCUUGAUCGUCCCACUACUAAAGCACGAUGGGAACGUGGAAUAUUGGGUGGUAAGGUUUUUUCUACGGGUUUUAUUUCGUUGACUCUGCAGCACUAUAUUCCAGGUGCAAUUCCAAUUGAAUAUCUUCGUUCUGGGAAGGGUCCGUCGAGUUUUUGUAAAACUCUCGGAUCAACAGCCGACGUCUAUAAUGCUUUUCAAAUGCUUUGCUUGGAAAGGAACAAUGACGAUGAAUACGAACUGUGGUCACUUGCCAGUCACUAUGUGGAUCAAAUUGAACCUCUGCAACAUGCACCAGGUAUUCACGGGUUCGGUAACAGUCCAUACGAUAGACCUUUCAAGAAGGUUCAACGAGGUGUUGAACUGAUGACUGAAGCAGUCGAAGAGAUCAAUGCAGAAGAUCUGUGUGAAGAGGAGGUGAUCAACAGAUUAAUGAAUAUCGCCACGGAUCGUGUUCGAUGUUUCCCAGAUGAUCAACUCAAGAAACAGUGCCAGCGUUCAUCUGAAAUCUGCAAGUUCCGAUCAUCUCUGUUCGUACGCUAUCCUGAUGGUAUCAGAUAUGGAACAAAGAUAUUCACGAAAUUUUUCAGAUCGCACUCGAUAAUACUGGUGGACCGUUUCAAUCAAGUUACGUUCUACGAAAAAAGUGUUCUGGAGGUGCCCAAGCAUAUCGAAGAUGCUGAUUGGGAAGAACGAACGUUUCAGUUCCCACUAGCUGGCAACUGA